AUGAAUGAUAUUCUCACCGAUGUACUUUCAGAGCCAUUUGUUCUUGACUACAAUGGCGACAUGAUCAUGGACUUUAUUGUCUCUACGCGCACAUGUAAAACUUACUUAUGGUUAGGCCACAAUGUGACUGAGUCAGAAAUUGUUACCGCGCCUUAUUCAAAUCGAAAGCCUUCAGGCAUCUGCUUGAAAAAUCUCACCGACGAUGAGUUUGUUUUUGCCAAACCGCACUCGAGUGCAUUUCUCAAUUUAGAACACUACCAAAAGAAUAUGAACACUGACAUCUUUUUGGCUGGAGAGAAGGAAAUCAAGUACAUUUACAACGUUGAAGAGCAGGGGUUUUCGAUGAAAGAAAACAUAAGUUAUCCUAAACAUAAGCUUCGAGGACAAUCGGCGUUCAUGGACUUUAACUACGCCGGUCAGAUGACCCAUCUCAUACCGGUCUGUCUGGAGAGCAAAGCUGGCAACUUCAAGGACUGCCGAAGCAUCGGCCUGGUGGCCUGGCAUCACGACACUCGCCAGUGGAUCAACGUCCUCGACCCUGAACCGGCCAAUGUCAGCGUUAAUCCAAACAACCGAACGCUGUCCUUUUCGGAGCAGUCCUUCUUCUACAAUGAAAUCACCGUUCCGGUGGCGCUUCGCGUCGGCGACCUCAACUACGACGGCUACCCUGACUUUGCCACCAUUCUAGUGGACGUCCAGUCAGGCAGAACCUUUGCCGCCAUUUACCUGAACAUGGCGGACAACAACACUGAAGCGCUGAGCAAUCCGUUUAAGCGCAAGUUUCAACUGUGCUGGCUCUCUGAGGGGAGGUACGCCGAGUCGAUUGCCAUGGUGUCACUCUUUGACCUGUACGACAAUGGUCGCCUGGUGCUGCUGCUCACCAAGUUCAACCAGGAGCAGGGGAACACCUUGCAGACGGUCUCCUACGACUACUACAUUGACCACCGGCUGUACUACUCCUUCAUUCGAGUGACCGUCAUUACCGGCCGGUGCACCGACAAGGAGGGCGACCAGAAUGUGCAGUGUCCGAAGGUCAGGGGCAAAGAUCAGGUGGCACUGGGCAGCAAUCCGCACGGUCCCAAUGUCUGCUUUGCCGGGCCGUACACUACGCAACACAGCUGCUCGGCGCAGCUGACGCAAUCUGCGCACUUUGCACUUCAGCUUCCAUACAUGAUCUUUGGACUGGGCGACAUUCUCAAUGUCGUCAGCGAUCUGAAGGUGAGCAUUCCCAAUGGCGCCGGCAAAACUCGCCGGCGGGCCUGGGAAGAGGACAUUCCCGGCUCGAAGCUGGUCAUUGUGCCCUACCAGCUGGACCAGCCAGAAAACUGGUACAAAAGAGUGUACAUCAACAUGGGCAUCUACUCGAUGUUCUCACUAGCUUUCCUCUGUAUAUUGUGCGUCUUUCUCAUUAUUGCAAUAUACUUUCUGCACUGCCGUGAGCGGAAAGAGGAUCGAAAAGACCACAUGGAGUACAAGAAGCACUGGCUGUAA